AGCCGUCUUCCCGACAGGAGUUCUUGGUCGCGUCCUUUCAGGCCUCUGGGUGUGUUUCGGAGGCGCUGGAGCUUUUUUAUGGCACCUGGGAAUCGUAGGGCACCUGUUCUGCUGGGCACCUCCAGAGAGCAAAGGAGGAUCUUCAAGCAGCCAGCAGGAACUCUGCUGCCGUCGAUCGUGGCUGCUGGACUUGAAGGAAGGGGCCAGGAUGCCGCUCUUUGGCUUGAACUUUGGCAAGCAGAGGUUGAAAGAGGAGGAAAGGCGCCUGCGGGCCAACGACCGGGCGUUCAGCCUGCAGUUUGAGUAUGCGAAAAACUCCAUCAAGACGUCCAAGUACAACCUCUUCACCUUCCUGCCCCUCAACCUCUUUGAGCAGUUCCAGCGGAUUGCCAACGCCUACUUCCUCUUCCUGCUCAUCUUGCAGCUCAUCCCUCAGAUCUCCUCCCUGGCCUGGUUCACCACGGUGGUGCCUCUCCUCUUGGUGCUGACUGUGUCUGCAGCGAAGGACGCCUCGGACGAUUUUCAUCGGCACAAGAGCGACAAGCAGGUCAACAACCGUCCUGUCAAGGUGCUAAUCGAUGGCAGCCUGAAAGAGGAUCGAUGGCUGAAUGUUGAAGUUGGGGACAUCAUCAAGCUGGAGAACAACAACUUUGUGACGGCUGACCUGCUGUUGCUGUCGAGCAGUGAGCCCCACAGCCUGACCUACAUCGAGACAGUUGAGCUGGACGGGGAAACCAACCUGAAAGUGAAACAGGCCCUGACAGUCACCUCCGAGCUGGGGGAGGAUCUGCAGAAGCUGAGCAGCUUUGAUGGUGAGAUCAGGUGUGAAGCACCAAACAACAAGCUGGACAAGUUCAUGGGGACCCUGACUGUGAAGGGGGAGAAAUACGCCUUGGACAACGAGCGGAUGCUGCUGAGGGGCUGCACAAUCCGGAACACCGAGUGGUGCUUUGGGCUGGUGGUCUUUGCAGGGCCAGACACCAAGUUGAUGCAGAAUAGCGGAAGAACCAUUUUCAAGAGGACGAGCAUUGACCGCCUCAUGAACUUCUUGGUGCUGGUGAUCUUUGGGUGUCUGGCCGCCAUGUGUUUGAUCCUGGCCUUCGGCAACGGCAUCUGGGAAUACAACAAGGGCUACUACUUCCAGGUGUACCUGCCCUGGGCGGAGGGCGUGGACUCCUCAGCCACCUCCGGGUUCCUCACCUUCUGGUCCUACGUCAUCAUCUUGAACACAGUGGUGCCCAUCUCUCUCUACGUCAGCGUAGAGAUCAUCCGGCUGGGCAACAGCUUCUACAUCGACUGGGACCGCAAGAUGUACUUCCCGCUGAACGACACGCCCGCCCAGGCCCGCACCACCACCCUGAACGAGGAGCUGGGCCAGAUCAAGUACGUCUUCUCGGACAAGACGGGCACCCUCACCCAGAACAUCAUGGUCUUCAACAAGUGCUGCAUCCACGGGAAGUCCUACGGGGACGUCUAUGACUUGGAGGGACACCGGGUGGAGGUCACCGAGAGAACGGAGAAAGUGGAUUUCUCGUACAACCCGCUGGCCGACCCAAAGUUCGCCUUCUACGACCACAGCCUGGUCGAAGCGGUGAAGGGGGGUGAUGCCCACACCCACCAGUUCUUCCGCCUGCUCUCCCUUUGCCACACGGUGAUGCCCGAAGAGAAGGAGGAAGGCCAGCUGGUGUACCAGGCUCAGUCUCCCGACGAAGGGGCCCUGGUUACGGCUGCCCGGAACUUUGGCUUUGUGUUCCGUGCCCGGACCCCGGAGACCAUCACUGUGGUGGAAAUGGGAGAGACGAAAGUCUAUGAGCUGAUCGCCAUCCUAGAUUUCAACAACGUGCGCAAGAGGAUGUCCGUCAUCGUGCGAAGCCCUGAGGGGGAGCUGACCCUGUAUUGCAAGGGGGCCGACACGAUUCUGUAUGAGCUCCUCCAUCCUUCCUGCGGACCCCUCAAGGAGGAGACCACGGAGCACCUGGACGAGUUUGCGGGAGAAGGGCUGCGGACGCUGGUGGUGGCCUGCAGAGCCCUGGAGGGGGCCUACUUUGCGGACUGGCGGCAGCGUCACCACGAGGCCAGCACCGCCCUGGAGGGGCGCGACGAGAAGCUCUCCGCCUUGUACGAGGAGAUUGAAAGGGACUUGCUGCUGCUCGGGGCCACGGCCAUUGAGGACAAGCUGCAAGACGGCGUCCCCCAGACAAUUGAGACCCUGGGGAAAGCGCAGAUUAAAAUCUGGGUGCUCACUGGGGACAAGCAAGAGACAGCCGUCAACAUUGGCUACUCUUGCAACAUGCUCUACGAUGACAUGAAGGACAUCUUCAUCAUCCGAGGCGACUCCUUGGAGGAAGUGCAGCGGGAACUCAGGAAUGCACGGAAGAAAAUGAAGCCUGACGCCUUUGUGGGGCACCAUGGCGGGCAGGAGCCUGAGGUCCAGAUGAAGAAAGCCGGCCAGUCCAAGGUCCUGCCUGAUGAGGAGCAGCCCAACGGCGAGUACGGCCUGGUGAUUAACGGGCACAGCCUGGCAUAUGCGCUGGAGGGGCAGCUGGAGCUGGAGCUGGUGAGGACGGCUUGCCUGUGCAAGGUGGUGAUCUGCUGCCGGGUGACCCCCCUGCAGAAGGCCCAGGUCGUGGAGCUGGUCAAGAAGCACAAGCGGGCCGUGACGCUGGCCAUUGGGGACGGCGCCAAUGACGUCAGCAUGAUCAAGACUGCCCACAUUGGCGUCGGCAUCAGCGGCCAGGAGGGGAUGCAGGCGGUGCUGUCCAGCGACUUCUCCUUUGCCCAGUUCCGCUACCUGCAGCGGCUGCUCCUGGUCCACGGCCGGUGGUCGUACAUCCGGAUGUGCAAGUUCUUGGCCUACUUCUUCUACAAGAACUUUGCCUUCACUCUGGUCCACUUCUGGUACGGGUUCUUCUCCGGCUUCUCUGCACAGACGGUGUACGACGAGUGGUUCAUCACCCUCUACAACCUGGUGUACACGGCCCUGCCUGUGCUGGGGAUGAGCCUCUUUGACCAGGACGUGGACGACCGCUGGAGCCUGCACUUCCCCCAGCUCUACUUGCCCGGGCAGCAGAACCUCUACUUCAACCAGAGGGAGUUUGUCAAGUGCCUGGGCUACAGCAUCUACAGCUCGCUGGUGCUCUUCUUCGUGCCCUACGGGGCCAUGCUCAACUCCACGCGGAGCGACGGGAAGGCCGUUGCCGACUACCAGUCCUUUGCCCUCACGGCCCAGACCUGCCUGCUCAUCGUGGUCUCUGUCCAGAUGGGGCUGGACACUGCCUACUGGACGGCCGUGAACCAGCUCUUCAUCUGGGGCAGCCUGGCUGUCUACUUUGCCAUCACCUUCGCCAUGUACAGCGAUGGGACGUACCUGGUCUUCACCGCCUCCUUCCCCUUUGUCGGCUCCGCCCGGAACACCCUCAGCCAGCCCAGCGUGUGGCUGGCCAUCUUCCUCUGCGCCACCCUCUGCGUCCUGCCCGUGCUGGGCUUCCGCUUCCUGAAGGUGCAGCUCCGGCCGACCCUCAGUGACAAGGUGCUGUGCCAGGUGCGGGAGCUCCGGAAGAGGCCCCCGCCUCCCCCGCCCAAGCGGCCGCUCCGGCGCAGCAUUUCCCGGCGCUCCGGCUACGCCUUCUCCCACCAGCACGGCUUUGGGGCCCUCAUCACCUCGGGACAGAACAUGCGGGCCAAGCUGCCUUUCCGCGCCACGGGCUCCUUCUCGCCCAACAGCGAGAAACUCAAGCUGAAGUGAGAGAGGAGAAGAGCCUCCAGGACUCCCGCCCAGCCCGGGACUCUGCCCAGGGGCUACUGCGGAGGAGGCCCCCUCUGGCGGUGGCGGCUGCUGGGGACGGCCUUCUCUUCCCAGGGGUGGCAGGCGCUCUGGGCCGGGGUGGGGGGAGCAGAGCAGUCCUUCUGAGUAUACACACACACACGUGCAACCCCCCGCCCAGUGGAGAAAGGGGAAGACGCAGCAGCCUCCUCUUCCCACCGUGGCUCCAUCCCAGCAGAGUCCUGCCCCAAGGGGGGCAAAGGUGGACUCCACAGCAGCAGCAGCAGCAGCAGCAGCAGCAAGCCUUCCUCCCCGAAGGGCCCAGGCUGGUCCAGAGCGCCCCACCCUAGACAAAGAGGGUGCCCACUCCCUGCCAUGCUUGGCUCCAUUUGCAGCUGUCCCUCCGGAAUAUGGGGCAGGGAAGCCCACCCUUGGCCAAGGCGCAGGGGCGUAACGAGGAGGCUGCAGUGGGCCCAGAGACAACGCUCUGAAACGGGCCCCUCGCUGAUACACACACGCGCACUCACUUCACAUGUGACUUGCCUUGGGGGGCCCCUCGAGGCGUGGGGGCCCCCAGGCAGCCGCCUCCCCUUGCUUCAUGGGAGUUACCCCCCUGCCAGGGCAGCAGAGGCAAGAGCGGGGCUGACAGCGGGUGCUUUCCCCAGGGUGGUGACUGGUCCUUGGCACGCUCUGAUGGGGCAGGAUCGUGGCCCAGGCGUGAUCUCACAAGGCCUCUUCUUUUUUAGAGCAUGAAACUGACCAGUCUCCGUGCCCCCCCGCCCCGCCCCCCCGCCAGAGAUCAGUCCCUCAAGUCUCCUUCCCACUCUCUUCUUUCCAGAGGGUGCUUUUUUUCCAACUUGAGCACCGCGUGUCUUGCGGGUGAUUUUGCAGGUGGUCCAGCUGACAUCCUGCCCUUCCUUUUAACUUCUUCGUGUGACCUGGAUGCUGAUCUGUGAGUCACCAGGGUCAGACCACUCCAGUCUCCGCUGAUGAGGAAAGAGGCCGGCCUUGCCCUGGCGCAGGAGCAGGAGGGGCUGUAGAGAAGGGCCUCGGCAGGCAGCCUGUAGGUAGGCGGUGGGAGGGCUGGCUCCCGGGGGUGGGGGUCCUCCUUUCUUCUGGUUCUGGCCCUUUAAAAAAAGCGGUGCCAGGUUGAUCACGUAAGAAGGCACCCAUCUCGCUGAAAUUUGGCUGGGAUAAUGGCCUCACGUGGGUCUAACAUGCUCAUUCUGUGCUGGCAAGAAAAAAAGCAGCUAGGAGUGUUUUGGUUACUUCCCCUUCUAGCCUGUGGCCAAAGCGCUGGGGAAAGAGACAAGGGAGCACGGAGGGGAGUUGCCCCCCCCGUGUGCCCCCCACCGGCUGCAGCCUCUCAUGGAGCCACCUCCUCCUCCUCUCCCCCCUGCCGUCCCCCCCCCCCGUUUUAUUUUUUAAAACCCCACAGGCAAUAUUGUGCCACACCACUUGGUCCCACCACCCCUCUCCAGCCCCCCCCCCAUGAGUGAAAGAGCUGCCAUUUAACACUGAAAUAUAAGAAGGAGGCCGUUGUGGCCCCGACUUGCCUGGAAGGAAGGCCUGCUGGGUUCCGUGGGGCUUACUCCCAGGAAGGUCUGCAUCGGCUGCAGCCCAGGCAUUCACAGGGGAUGACCAGGCAGAAGGGAAAGGGAUCCGUGCAGGGGGAUUUCGGCGGGAAGUGGCUUAGGAAGCCACCAGCCGCCAAGUCAAGUGAACCAGCAGGAGACCCUGGAGACCACCUCCAAGCCCCAUUUCUUCCAUCUCGGGCGCCUCAGAAGCAAGUGGUGGAGUGGAUGCUGCAGGCCAUUGGGCACGUCCCCAGGAGCCCGUGCACAGAAGCCCUGAGCCCACCUUUCUAGCCAGCUAGAGCUGGGAAGCCACCUGCUGACAAAGGGCCACCCCAGUGUGUGGGGGAGCUUUGCAGGGAUGAUGCACAGGCUGCGCCCCUCAGCACCCCCCCCCCACAGUCUGUGACCAAGGCAGAGGCCUGGAUGCGCUCAAGCCAGGGGAGGGAGGCUCCCUUCUGCCCGCCUCCUGAAGGGCAUCUUGGGGUCUGAGUCCCUGAGGGGGUCCUUCUGGGCUCAAGGCAAGGCAAGGCUUGGCAGGCAUUUCGGCUCAUGGAGGGGAGAAUCCUCUGAACAGCUUGGCUGGGUGGGCUUGCUGAAUGCCCCCCCCCACACACACACACGUAGGGUGCUGCUGGCCGUACAGGUGUCCCAACACACACCCCCGCCCUGCGUGGGGAAGCAUCAGUGGCCAUCUGGGUGUGGGUGACCCCGCAGGACCUCACCACUGCCCCCUCCCUUCCUGCCAGAGUCCACCCUUUGGCUGUGGGAUCUCCGCACACCCCCUGCCCCCGAGUACAGGACACCACCCUGGGAGUCAGCGUGCCUCCAGUCCUCUGAGCACAGGCAACUUUGCUGGGGCUCCCCCCUCUCGGCACUCCCCUUGCGAGGGUGAGGGGGGCGCCUGGCCAGAUGUGUCUGGUGUGCUCAGGGAGGGGCAGAGCCAGCUCUCGCACACCUUCCUAGUUGCCCCCCCCGGACUCCAGACUGGGCAGGGGGCAGGGAUGACAGCUCUUCAUCAGGCCCUGGGUAGGAUGGUGCUGUCGGUGGGGUGAGCAGGAAAGCCCCUGCUGGGGAGUGGGAUGGAACAGAAGCUGUACACCCUCUAGCUUGAUUCUGCUGGGCUCUGGUUCCCAGCGGGUGCUGGGCCCUCCUGGUCUGGCAUCGAAGGGGGCACUGGAGACGCAGGGCCAUGGGGCACUUGGUGCAAUGGUCCAGAAAGGGGAGACGGUUGCCGUGGGCCAAGGGUGGGGCCUUGAGAUGAUGUGUGGGCGUUCCCAAGCCUCGGGGGUUACUUUGGUGGGAUCAUUGUUAAUAAAACAUGAUAUAAAACUCCCCUCUCUGUGGAGCCUCCUCUCUCCUCUUCUGGGGCCUGAGCAGAAAAGGGGUCAGCCGGCAUUCCAGGAGAGCCAGUCAAGGGGGACAGGCAAGCUGGGGCAUAGAGUUGCCAUGUCCCCCCAAAUCCCAGGUUGCACCUGGAUGUUGAGCAGCCCACCCAGAUUCGCCUGGAUUUCAGCUUGCAUUUAAAUAAUAAUGUUUUAAAAGCUGAGCUCCAGCCCUUGUAGAAGUGGAGUUAUGAUGGAGCAAAACGUGCCGUCGCUCUUCUGCUCAGGAAUUAUUUCCCAGCCACAUAAUAUGCAAAUUAGGCACCCAGAUUUGGAAAGCCGGAAUAUGGCUGCCCUACAGUGGGGCACCCUCUGCCGCUGGCCAGAAGUAAAGGGGGGGGAGGGGGCCUCUUCACCUCAGCCCCUUCCAGACUCCGACUGGAAGUGGCCUCAACUGCUGCCUGAGCCUUGGGUGCUGGGCUGCUCAAUGGCAGCUGUUCUUGGACUACAGUUCCCAGCACCCCCAGCCACAGUGGCCAGGGAUUAUGGGAGUUGUAGGCCUACAUCUGCAGGAGGGCCCCGGUGGAGCAGCCUCCCCUGAUGGCCGCCAAAGUCCAGCAGCCCGACUUGUGGAGGAGCCCCCCCCCCGGCUGGAGCGCCCUGCCCAAGGGCUGGCCGGAGAUCUCUGGGUGGGGCUUGGCCCCGCAGGGGAGGGGAGGGGAGGGGUUGGGCGGCCUGCCCAGCUCUGCUCCGCUGCUGCUGCUGCUGCGGGCCGGGGAGGACACGGGUGCUGCUGGGGAAACAGGCCGCCAGCAACUGCCCAGGGGCCAGAGCCACUCCCGGCUUCAGAGGCCCCCUUCCUUGGGUGGCCGCCACUUGCUCUGCUUUCAAGCAUUCCUGAAGUCCUGGACUGUAAGACAAAAGCGGCAGCAGCGUUGAGAUGGGGCUGAGUGGGAAAUCAAUCGGGUGGCCUCAGGUGCGUCGCUGCCACUCGCCCCCCAGCAAUGUAGGGAUGACCAUUGGGCCCACUGGCCUUCCAAGGAUCACAUCCAGAUAAUACAAGCAAAAGGCUUUGCCCGCCGUGGGUGAGGGCAAAGGCUGCCUGUCCUGCCCCAUUGCAACUGGUCUCCGGAGUCUGUGGGCCUCACAAUUCCCUCCUCACUCUGCCGCUACCUUUGGUAGCUAGCAGGGGGGUGUUUUCGGCAGGCAUGCCCCCGCAAAGAAGUGCUGCAGACACCAAGAGCAGCCGUGGCUGUGGCCGUCUUGGUAGUUUGGGAGCUGGAAAACCCAUUGGGCAGCACAAUGCGUCCUUCCCCAGUGCAUUCUGGGAAGGAAUGGCACACAGGUGGGGCAGCGAGGUUUUUUGGCUUGAGAACAAUGCCCCACCCCUGGUUGCUUUUGGAAAACCAAAAGGUGGGGAGCAUGGAGAGGGGGCUCUGGCUGUUGGCCGUUUGGGGUGCCAGAAGCUGAGAACUGGGGGUGGGGAGGGGCGGCAUGCAGGCUGCCCUUCUCACCUUGCCCCCCAACACUGCCUGCUUUUAGCUGGUGCAACCAGGUGCCUCCUUCCGCCCCCCCCCUUCUUUCAAGACUGCCUCCUGCGUCUGGCUGGGCCUCCAGGUACGCACACACAAUUGCACACACACACACACACCUCCCUUUGUUCAGAUCCGUGAUGCUGCCUUCCUUCUCCACCCCCCCCCCUCCUUGAUCAGCCGGCCUGCUGGGCCUGUCACUGGUCUCGCCUAACGAUUUGGGGGCUCCCCCCUCUCCGGGCAAAAGUGAGCCCUCAUGCCACCUCUUUCCCUCCCCAUAACCACUCUCAUGGGGGCACCCCCAGCAGCACUCCCCAGAGUCAUAGCCUCACUCAGGCCCAUAAUUAAGACCACUCCAACUGCAGGCUCAGCAAAUAAAACGCCGCCCUCGUGGGUGGCGAAGGGCCUAAAGUGGCCCAUGGUUUGAGAAAUGGUCAUCAUGCACCCUUGAAAAGGGCCGCCCCAAUGAUCAGGGGCUGGAGCGACUCCCCUUCCCCACCCCAGGAGGGAAGACCAGGAGGGCCUUUGGGCCUUUUUCAUUCAGAACGAAGGGCAGAGGAUGAGACAGGACAGGUGUGUGGAAUUGUGCAGGGUGUCGGUCAAGUGGGUAUUAGUGAUGACUCCAAUGGGGGUCCUGGAGGAGGAUCCCUCAGACGAAGACCCAGCACAGGGGGGGGCGGGCAGGUUGGAACGCCGGUCCACUCAGCAGAGCCAGAGCCGACUGGGCUGCAGGCCCCUCUGCCUCCUCCCCUCCCUCCUGAUGAAGCCUCCGAGGCCUCCGCUGAAGUCGACCUUUGGCCAGAGUACAGGCUCAGAGGGAGGAGAGGCUGGCCAGAAGGAGCAGGUGUCCCAGCUCUGACCCAGCUGCAUCUCCCGGACAAGGCCCAGCUGCAGUGAUGGGCGGGGCUCUCACCACACUGCCUGUUUAAAGCCGCCCGAAAGCUGGGUCUGUGCUGGAAAGAAUAAUUGGUCUGUGGUGACCAGCCCUACCCUGAGCAACCUUGACCUGGAAAUCUGGACCUGUUUGUUGUUGUCUGGCCCCGGUUCGUGUUUACCCUGAUCCUGUGGAAUUCCCGGUGUUGACUUCUGGCACCGUUUGUGACUACUCUCCGUUCCCCUCUGAAAAGAGUAAUUUUCGCAGCUGCUGGGCAGUCAGUCAAGACAGGUCAGGGAGCCAUCACUCCUUGGACCUGAUCCAGCAGGGCUUCUUCCUAUGUUCUUGUGUAUGUUGUGCACCCUCGAUGUAAAAGAUGUUAAGGGGCUUAGAUAAAUUUAUGGAGGACAAGUCUAUCAGUGGCAACUAGUCUGAGGGCUAUAGGCCACCUCCAGUCUCGGAGGCAAGAUGCCUCUGAAUGCACUUGCAGGGGAGCAACAGCAGGAGAGAGGGCAGGCACAGAUCUCUUGCCUGUGGGCUUCCCAGGGGCAUCUGAUGGGCCACUGUGUGAAACAGGAUGCUGGGCUAGAUGGCCUUGGGCCUGAGCCAGCAGGGCUGUUCUUAUGUUCUUAUGACCACUAAACCAACCUUGGUGUUAUGGAUGGUCCAUAAACAUAUCAGAACCAGAGGUACCAACUCAGAAGUAUGUGAAAUAUAGGCCUGUGUCUGAUUUUAUUUUAUAUUAAGAAAUGAAUUAACUCCUGAACUCAAGGUGAACUGGCAUACUGCUCUCCCUGCUCUGUGAAGGGAGGAGGCAAUCCAGCAUUGUAUUGUAAAAAUGGAUAUGCAAGGAAACACAAAAGCCAGGCCUGAAUGCUGAAUGCUAUAUCCAUAUGCUAAAAUGCCACUGACUGCCAGAUGUCUGUGGAAGAGGCCAGGGGCUGAACUCCUCUUUCCUGUUGCAAGAAAUCCAUGCUAAUUCUUGCCAAAGAUUAACUCAAUCGCUCUCUAUAGAGAUUCAACAUAGGAAGAUGCAUACAGAGAUCUGCCUGUAGACUUUAAUUCUUACCUCACUGAUGCUUCUGCCCUAGCCAUGUUACUUUAAAUAUUCUCAUGUUAUAAUUACACACUAGGUAAUUAUAGUUACACAAGAAAUAAUGUAAUUGCUGUCUCACAACUAAUUCUCUCACUAACUCCUGACUUUUAACACCUUUUGGGGGAAGAUGCAAUUUGGAGCUCUGAGAUGCAGAUUUGCUUUGGGCAAUGUCCCCCCUCCCCUCCUAAGCGCACAGUUUACAGAAGAUGAGAUUGAGAUCUCUCUGGACUGGCCAAUAUCCUGAAUAAUUAAAAAGACAUUUUUCAGAAGGUAGCAGCAAGUUGUCACCUUUUGGGACCCAGGAAAAGAUGAGAUUUUUAUAGAUCAAAGGAAAAUACACUAUAAAGAAGGAGGCUACUAGACAGAAAGUCAGCAAUCUUGUGCCUACAGCAAGAUUUGCUCACAGCAAUGCCAGAGUUUGCUGCUAAGCCACGGAGCUAGAGGCAGGAACUCUGUCCAUGGACAGGAACUGUCUCCUACAAGCAGACUUAUGCCUACGGGCAAUCUUGCUCACACAAAGAUCCCAGAGUUUGCUGCUAAGCCGCGGGGCAGAAGCAGGAACUCUGUUGAUGGACAGGAGCUGUCUGUGACUUCUACUGUGCAGUGAGAAGUCAAGACUUCUCCAGCCAUGGUGCUCUGGCUCUCAGCCAUGGUCUGAGCAACUGCAAACGCUCCUGUCUCCUGCCAAGCGCCUCACUCCUUCAAGCUGAAGAAGUCCACCGCUCUCAAGUCUCUCUGAUCCGGGUAAAUAUGCUGCUCCAUUGCAAGCCUUGGGCCCCUCCAUCCUUUCCCCUCCUCCCCCCCCACCCUUUCCCUCUACUAAUUCCUGAACUAUGCCAGCCCUCAGCUUUUCUCCUCCCCCCUCUUUUCCAUCUAUGUCUGAAUUGUAUUAGGCUCUAGGAAGAUUUAAUGCACACACAUACGGUAGUUAGGAACACGCUGGAUAUUGGUACUGGCUAGGAUGUUCUGUUUAGAUACUGUUAGUAAUAUUGAUAGAGUGUUCUGCUUUCUGCUAGAUUAUAUUGUUACUCUUUUAUACUCAAUAAAGCCCAUUGAAUCUUU